UUUAGAAAAGAGAACUGUGUGGAGGAUGAUCUUCAAGGGAUCAUAAAAAGGAAGAGAAGAUUGGUUCUCAAUGAUAUAAAGGGGCUUUAUGAGAAGUACAAGGACAACCCAAAUUGUACUCAGUUGAUUGCAGAAUCUCUUGAUCCUGAUGGAAAUAUCUCUCUUGCCCAAGUUUUUCGCACGUGUAAGAAACUAGGAUUACAACUUCCGUCAAAAAAGAGCAGCAACAUUGCCUAUUUACCUAAUGAUAUCAAUCAAGACGAAAAUGGAAAACCGGAAAUAGGCAUUACUCUUCAAGACUCAAAUCACCCAGACAGAUCCUCCGACUUAGGGAGACCAAUUUAAGAAGGUUAGAAAGAGAGUCCGUGCUAUCAAUGAAAAUCAGGAGCUGAAAAUUAGAAGCCUAUUUGAGCAUUUUAAAGAUCAUAAUAGGUGCAGUCACAUGAUUGCAAAAGCGCUUGACCCGAAUGGAACAGUGACAGCAGUCCAAGUGUCCCGUAAACUUAAGAAACUUGGUUUGCACACUUCUCGAAUGAGAAGUAAACCAAACAAGCAAAAGAUGGAUGAUGUUUCUACAGAUGACGAGGAUGAUUUAGAUAAUCAACCUUUGUCUUUGCUCAGGAAAAGGAACAAAAACGAAGACACUUCAUCUAAAGAGCAUUUGGGCAGUUCAAACUAUAAUCACUCAUCAAGGUCUCAUUCGGAUGACGAACAAUUAAUUAGCUCCAUUUUAAAAAAAUCUAGAACAUCAAAAGACAAGGUUGCAGAUGCUUCAACUAAUACAACAAAUACGGUUCGAGAAGAUUCUAGGAACCAAUCUUCUGAAAGUUUAGAAGAAAGGGACAAACAAAAGGAAACCAAGGGCGUAAGUUCAGCACAUCAAGCUGCUAAGCUUAGUGAAUGGGAUGAAAGAAUUGAUCAGCACAAGUAUGACAGGCUGUCUGAUACUUCAGAUGGUGCCUCAGAUCAUGGCAGCCCUGGAAGCGAUGCACAAAAUGACGCUAUUCUUGACAGCGGUCAUAAGCGUAGAUCUCUUGCACUGGAUGACGAUGCCGGUACUGUGCAGCAUGAGCAUAAUUAUAGUGAAUUGGAAGAUUCAGGGGAUGAACAGGCACCUAGAACAUCACCUGAGAAUUCUCAAAAGAGAAGGAAGCUCAGGAUAGUGAUGGAUUUUGAUGACGAUGAGUAGUACUCUAUCCUACUUGCUUGCCAUCAAUGUAAAUUGGAUUUUGCUUAUGAUACAAUGUUCUGGAAGCAAUUUGCUCAUGAAAGAUAUCUGAACUGAAACUAUUUUCAAUAGUACCGCCUUCAAUCCUGAUGCCGUCCUUUGUGUCACCAUAUAUGAAAACAAAAUAGAAAUUUGUUUUUGUGACAGGGGUUCGAUUUUCAUCAUUUAUAGAAAGAAUUAAUAUCAAUGUAACUUGGAUUUGUUUUUGUAGUUGGAGUUUAGAUCACACGUAGUAUGGAAAUGACCAACAAAAGUACGCAACAUAUAAGUAUGGGGUCGUUCCUCCUUUUCUUCAUGUUUGCUUUCUUGAUCAUUUUCCCUGCUUAAAUUGGGUUGGAAGUUCUACUUUUAGAACGGAGAUUGAACAAGUUGAACCAACAAAAGCAGCAAUGCUUUGAUGAAAUGAAAGAAUAUAUUCAGUUUUGAUGUUUUACAUUAUCCAAGUAUGCAACAAAUAAAUCGUUCCAUGUAUCUGUAAUGCCAGGUAAGCACCAAUGCAUGCAAUCAUCAUGCUUCUUUCCACCGGUGUUUGAUGGAUGAGCAUCUGCUCGAAAUUCACUCAUAUGGGUUUUGUUCAAUACAUAGAAACUCGAUCCUUUGAGGGCCUUGUACAAGUAGUCAUUAACGAGGCGUGUCUCAACUGAAAAGUUCUUCAACCUGUAGAAAUCAUACAUUAUUGAAGCCAAAAUCUCGAAAUCUCAGACAAAUGCCAUCUAUACAUUUUGAACAAAUUAUCUACCUCUUGUGACAUCAAAGGCUUCAAGCGCGGGCAAGAACCACCUUGGUCCCAAUUGCCUCCCUCAAAAUGCCUAGGGGACUGUGUACGGAAUAUUCUUAUCGAAC